UGUGUUGUGAGAAGAAAGAUGGCUGCUGAUGGAACAUUAGAAUUACAAGAAAUUUGCCAAGAAACGCUAGAAAAAAGCGAUCUGGACUACUCUACUGAACAAGGAGCUCUUCAUUUUGUUUCCGACACACAAGAUCAUGUCUUAGAAAGCGAGAACGAUUUAGAUUUACAAGAAACAACGAGUGAGACAGCUCAUUUAGAAGAAAUUCAAUUAUCUCAAAACCAAGAUGAGGAUGUAUCACAUAACGCUAKUUCGACAGCAGCAGCAACAGUGUCAACAGCUUUGGACACACUCGUCCAGACUGCAUGCCAGAAUUUUUCCACCACUGGUCAACCAAACAGUCUUCAGAAUUCCAAUACAUCUACCCUACAACCUCUUGUAGAACAAGAAUGUGAUACUAUGGAAAGCAACCUUGGUGAGAUAGGUGACAGUGUGGCUGUUUGUACAUCAGCUCUGUUAGAAGCUGUCAGUACCAUGGUUAAUUCCAACACAGUCUCGUUUUCCAAUACAACCAUCUCAGAUCAAGCUCUAGGAAGUGCGAUAGGCAAUAUGCUGGACCCAAAUAUACAAGGGGUACUUGCGGCUGUCAAUCAAGCCAUCAGGGGACCUGGUGCUAGUACAGCAGGGCUGCCGACAAUGGCUUAUAGACAGAUUGAACAUUCAAAUGAUGAUGCUGAUGGUAAUGACCGAAGGGAGUCAGAAAUAAAUGAGAAUGGAGAUGAUUAUGAAACAGUUGAUGGACUACGAAAAAGUGAACGGAAACGAAAACCCCCACGACCCAAAUCCCCAGAAGAGGAACCCAAAAUGAAGAAGAAAAAUAGAAGAAGAACACACAGAACAAGUUUAUCAGGAUCAAUAGUACAUUCUGAAGUUCCUUUCAAAUGUGACAAGUGUGGGUCACCUUAUGUCACCAACCCCUCCAGGCGUGGAAAUCGGGUCAAAACCUCAUCUCAUCAGCCAAGUCCCAGACAUAAGGUGGAUCCUCAGACUGGCAAGACGUUAACACUGUGCAAUGCUUGUGGUCUUUCAUUCGAUCGACCAAAGAAGCAGAACCGGGAAAAGCAGCAACCAUCUCAGGAAGACAAAAUAAAAUAUUUGGAAGAGUCUCAGACCUUUGCAAAAGCACUUGCUGAGAAACUCGGAGAUCCCGAUGCUGAAAAACUCUACUGUCCUCUUUACAAGACACAUGCGUGUGGAUGUCUGCAGAGCUACUUAGGUCAAGGUCAAGAUGUCAUUGAAAAAGCUAAAGAGUUACUGGAGUUAUUAAAACAAGCACAAGAACUCAGCAAGGAAAAAUGUUAUGAUCCAAGUGAAUUAAAAAAUAAACCGUCCAAAACUAAAAGGUCUAAAAACAUAGGAUUAGGAAAUGGCCAAAGAAAGUCCAAAAACUUUGAAGACUUUGUUCUGGAGAAGAGAGUCUACUUACGCGAAAACUUAAGGCUGUGUGAACGAGCGACACAAAAAGUGCUCAUUUAUUCCAACAAUUUCUUGCACAAGAAGCUCAAGACAGACCCAACGAAAGCUGUUCGUAUUCAAAGACAGAAAGGCAAAGCCGCCCUCGGGAAACUAAAAGAACUAGAUGAGCUAAAAAAGGAUAAAUGCUGUGUUGAUAAUUGUACCUUGAUCGCCCAGUCCCAUAUCAAGCUCCUUCAACAGUGGCGAGAUCGUGCGGUGUCGGGUCAGACCGAAGCUCGCCGAGUGCUUGCCGAAAUGUUAACGCCAUCGGGUGGUGCUCGGUCCAACUGUUACAAGUUUAUUUCCUGGGUUACGGGCUGUAGUCAUAGUACGAUUGGACGAGUCAACGAACAGAUGAAGCAAACAAGUGGUGACCGCGAGCCACCAACUCACGGGCUCAUCAAGUGGUGGCGCGAACAUCCCAAACCCAAAAAACCCAAACCGGUCAAACAGGCUCCACAACCGGUUGACACAGCCCAACAAGUUGCCUUACAACAGAUUCAGCAGGCCACCAUGCCUCAAGUUACUAACAUUCUCCAAGCAGCAGUCAGCUCUGCAGGAUUGGCAGCUGUCAUGAUGCCUUCCUUAGCAACCACCGUUCCCUUGGCAACAGUCAGCACGCACUCUUUGACUCAGCCACAGUUAUCUACAGUGACUUUUAAUAACGGGACUUUACAGAUACAACAACAUGGUUCACAUCAGCAGCAACAGCAGCUCCAAGUACAAGCUCCUCCAGUACAACAAAUACAGAUACAACAGCAACAGUACGAGCAACAAAUACAACAGCUACAACUGCAGCAGUUCCAGCUACAGCAACAGCAACAACAGAUACAACAACGACUGCAGCAGACGCAGCAACAACUACAACAGCAAUUACAACAAGCCCAGCAACAACUACAACAACAACUACACUGCCUUCCUACACAAGUUACAUUACAAAACACCCAACAACAACAACAACAAAUUAUUUAUACACAACCACAAGAAAUCCAUGUCGUCCAGCCUCAACAACAGCAAAUCCUCCAACAAGAAACAGUACAAAGAGAAAUACAACAAGAAGGACAGCAAACCGUUGCAAAUAUUCCUGUGUCUAACAUUGUGACUGUUGCAAUACCUGCAAAUGUUCCUGUCUCACAGGCGACUUCAUCAUCCAACGAUUCAUUCUUGUCAUCAGAAGCUUUCCAUUUCGCACUGAAUCAGCUUCCUCAACAUUUAGUAAUACCAGUUUCUACGAAUAGUAAUGUUACGCAGGCUGUCCCUGUUUCGCUUAUUCAGACGAGUCAAACGUCGAUGCAGUGAGCGAGUAUUUGGUCUACUGUUAAAUACAGCGGUUUUUGUAUGAUUGGAAGAUGAACGGACUUACCGCACGUACACGGUACGACAUGUCGUAACAUUGAAAUGGCUUUCCACAAAAUUUGUUAAAGUAUGAGUGAGAAACGUACAGUACUGACUUACAGCACAUACACGGUACGACAUGCCGUACUCACUGGCUUCCCAUUGGCUUCCAGUAAUUUACCCAAUCACAACACGUAGUUACGGCUACGGUAAGAUACGGUACGGCUUCGAAUUUGCCGUAUAGUUGCCCACGUACCAAAACUGCUCUAAACGCACGCGCGAUCGUCGUCGCAACGAUAAACGUUUUAGUAGACGUCAAUCAAAGUGUUUCUAUGGCAACUUCAGGAACUCAGUUUUCAAGAGUACUAAUAUCACGGAAACGCCAUCGAAACGGCCAGCUUUGUCGCGAAGGAAACUUUUACGAUUGCGCGCGUUUAAUGAUUGAAAACGAGUGUAACUUUAGGCGUGAAUUACAGAAAGGUUUUAGGGAGAAAAAAAUUYUUAUAUAAACCAUUAGUCCUGUAAUUAUAUUUGAUAACAAAUGGUUCUUCGAACCUCUAGCUAUUCUGGCUUUAAGGUGUCUGUACUAAAAAAAAUAAAUUUAGCGUGUGAA